AAUUUCCAGAACCCAAAACAAGAGCUUUGUGCGUGAGAAGAAAAACAUCCAAAAUCUCUAUAAAUCGUUCUGUUUCCCAUUGAAGUUUAGUGAAAAGAGUCAGUAGAAGUCCUGCAGAAUGGGUUGCGAUGGUGGAACAAUUCCAAGGAGGGAUGAACUGGUCAGGACAAAGAAGAAGCCAGAGCAGAAAGACAAGGAAUCUGAGAUGCAGUUCAGAUGGAGGCACUGCGCCCUGACGCAACAGCCCCUGCAGGAGCCCGUGGUGAUGUGUGGACUGGGAAGAUUGUACUCCAAGCAGAGCGUGAUUGAGAAUUUGCUGGAGAAGGACAAGAUGCCAGAGGCUGCCAACCACAUCAAGAGCUUGAAGGACAUCAAGCAGCUCACACUGACGCCCAAUCCCACCUACACAGAUGCUGACAAACAGGAGGGAUUGCUGGACGUGCGUUCUGCGCCGUACAUUUGCAAGCUCAUCGGUCUUGAGAUGAGCGGAAAGUUCAGAUUUAUCGCUUUGUGGGCAUGCGGAUGCGUGUUUUCUGAGCGCGCUCUGAAGGAGAUCAAGAGCAGCGUGUGUUCACUCUGCCAGACGCCCUUCACUGAGGCGGAUGUGGUGAUUUUGAACGGAUCUGACGAGGAUAUCGAGCACAUGAGGGUGAAAAUGGAGGCCCGAGUGGCGAGAAGGAAGGCGGAGAAGAAGGAGAAGAGUGACAAGAAGGCCAAGAAGAUCCCUGAGGCCACAGAGGCUGGACCAUCAACGUCGAAAGUGGAGGAGGCGAAACCCGGCAGCAGCAAAAUCGUGAAGGAGCUGAAGAGGAGCAACGACGAGAAGCUCACAGAUCCGGCCUUCCUGAAGGCCAAGAAGUCCUACAGCGUGGCGACAGAUCCGAAGGCGAGCGACGUCUACAAAUCUAUCUUCACGUCACAUCAGAGCGAGAAGGAGCAAGAGAGAGCGCACUGGGUCACGUACAAUCCCUUCUACAACUGAUAAGUCUACGGUUUCCUUUAGCUUUCUAGUGAGAUUUAUUGUACACGUGAAAAAUCAAUCACUACAAAAUGUCAUCCGGAGCCUCAGGACGCAAUAAAGGAGUCGUAUUUUGGUUCACGGCAAAUCACAAGACAAAAGAAUGCCCCUUAAGUAAAUCCUUAAAGCUAACAUCCUGUCGGCUGAGAGAGUCUCAAAAAUACUGUGGCUUCUAUGGCAAAAGACACUUAAAACCGAAUGUAAAAGUUGUGAAAUUAAAACACAAUCCUUUUAAAACUUACAAACUAAUCGGUGGAGAAAAUUUCCUCACCUUUUCUCAGUGAAAAAAAAAUAUGGCAAAAAACUAUUUGUCUUUCAAGCAUUUUCGAAUCAACACCUUCAACACUUUGAUCAACACUUUUCUUCUUAAUCACUAUUAUUGUGAAAAAUACUGCGUGGAAGCUUCUUAAAAUGUCUCUCACACUCUAGAUCAACUCCUAAAAUAUAUAUAUAUAUAUAAUUCUUUCUCUUCUAAAUAUAUAUAUAUAUAAAAUCCUCUGCAAAUUUGCUUCUCUGUCGUGGAAACUGGCACAAAAUCUCUCAAGUACAAUUUGUCGGUUUUUUUUUCAUACAUCAACUUUUCUAAACUAGGGCGUUUCAGCGUUUCCUGCAAUAUUUCUCCUUAAACUAGUUUUCGAUUUUUCAAGGAAUUGCUCUCAUUCUUCUAGCAAACCUUGUUACAUUGAGCAUGAGUUGGUAUUCUAGGUGAAUAAAUAUGCGCCAUCCUUCAAUAUCUUCAAAUUUUGGAAUUUUUUCUAUGCAAAAAAUAAAACCAAUAAUACAAAUCCUUCGGCACUUUUGUCGGCAUUGAAGGAUCAAGAGAUUUUCUCCAACUUUUUGUCCCAAAGAUUCGAAUUUGAAAGUAAUGUGCGAUCUUUGGAAUAUGGUUUCAACCAAAAUCUGCGUGCAAUUCAUGCAGUAUAGAACUAAUAGAAUUCCCAAUCAUGCUGGACGCACGAGAGCAAUCCCUUAAAUGACUUUAAAGU